GGGUCGGCCCGGGCCCAGCGCGCGGCUCGACGACCGCGGGUACGAGCAUGCAGAUACUCAUGCUUUGACUUGCUGCCCCUCCACUGACAUGGCCCACCGGGGUGGGGAGAGGGAUUUCCAGACUUCAGCUCGUCGCAUGGGCACCUCGCUGCUCUUCCAGCUUUCAGUGCACGAAAGGGAACUGGACCUGGUUUUCCUGGAUCAUAGCUAUGCCAAGCCAUGGAGUGCCCAUCCAGAUGCCAGUAGUGCCCGCCCCACCCGCAUGCUCUUUGUCACUCCCCGGAGGCAGCAUGAAAGUACCAUUGAAUCAGAUGUCCCAAUAGACGUGGAGACAGUCACAUCAACCCCUGUGCCGCUCUAUGACAAUCAGAAGGCACGCAGCGUGAUGAAUGAGUGUGAACGGCAUGUCAUCUUUGCCAGGACGGAUGCAGAUGCCCCUCCCCCACCAGAGGACUGGGAGGAGCAUGUCAACAGGACUGGCUGGACAAUGGCCCAGAACAAGCUAUUCAACAAGAUCCUCAAAGCCCUGCAAUCUGACCGGCUUGCCCGCUUGGCCAAUGAAGGGGCUUGUAAUGAGCCAGUGCUGCGCCGUGUUGCCGUGGACAAGUGUGCAAGGAGAGUGCGACAGGCUCUGGCAAGUGUGAGUUGGGACACCAAGCUGAUCCAGUGGCUGCACACCACCCUCGUGGAGACCUUGAGUCUGCCCAUGCUGGCAGCGUAUCUAGAUGCCUUGCAGACACUGAAAGGGAAGAUCCCAACCUUGAUUGACCGGAUGCUUGUGUCAUCCAACACAAAGACUGGAGCUGCAGGAGCUGAGGCCUUGUCUCUCUUACUGAAGAGGCCGUGGGACCCUGCUGUGGGAGUGCUUUCUCAUAACAAACCAAGCAAACUCCCUGGUUCUCCUCUGAUUCUCAUCGCUUCCUCUGGCCCCUCCAGCUCCGUGUUUCCCACCUCACGCCGCCAUCGCUUCUGGCAGUCUCAGCUCUCCUGCUUAGGCAAGGUCAUUCCUGUAGCCACCCAUCUGCUGAACAAUGGCAGUGGGGUAGGAGUGUUGCAGUGUCUUGAGCAUAUGAUGGGGGCAGUGAGAAGCAAAGUGCUGGAGAUUCACAACCAUUUCCCACACAAACCCAUUAUCUUGAUUGGCUGGAACACAGGAGCUUUGGUGGCCUGUCACGUUUCGGUGAUGGAGUAUGUCACUGCCGUUGUCUGCCUUGGGUUUCCUCUGCUCACCGUGGAUGGCCCCAGAGGGGAUGUGGAUGAUCCCCUCUUGGAUAUGAAGACUCCAGUCCUCUUUGUCAUUGGUCAGAAUUCCCUACAGUGUCACCCUGAAGCCAUGGAGGACUUCCGAGAGAAGAUUCGGGCUGAGAACAGCUUGGUGGUGGUUGGGGGAGCUGAUGAUAAUCUCAGAAUAAGCAAAGCAAAGAAGAAAUCAGAAGGAUUAACUCAGAGCAUGGUGGACAGAUGUAUUCAGGAUGAGAUUGUGGACUUUCUGACUGGAGUGCUCACUCGCACUGAGGGUCACGUGGGCUCUGACCCUCGGGAUCAGGAUGCUGAGAAGAAGAAGAAACCUCGUGACACAGCCCGCAGAGACCUGACCUUUGAAGUACCUGAACGGGGCAGUCGACCUGCCUCCCCAGCCGCCAAGCUGCCCGCCUCACCCUCGGGCUCGGAGGAUCUCUCUAGUGUGUCCAGCAGCCCCACCUCCAGUCCUAAGACCAAAGUGACCACAGUGACCUCUGCCCAGAAAUCCAGUCAGAUUGGGAGCUCUCAGCUGCUAAAGAGACAUGUGCAGCGGACAGAAGCUGUGCUGACCCACAAACAAGCCCAAGCACAGUUUGCUGCUUUUCUGAAACAAAAUAUGCUGGUGAGGAAAGCUCUUCCUCCUGGCGCCUCCUCCUGUCUCUUUGUUCCCAUUUCAUCAGAACCAACAGAGGAAGCAGAGAAAGAGGACCUUAGGGUCCAGCUGAAGCGGCACCAUCCCUCGAGUCCUCUUCCUGGCAGUAAGACCUCCAAGCGACCGAAGAUCAAGGUGUCCCUUAUCUCCCAAGGAGACGCAGCUGGAGGGCCUUGUGCUCCUUCCCAAGGAGGAGCUCCAGAAGCUGCGGGUGGGAAGCCUAUCACCAUGACAUUGGGGCAGGCUUCAGCAGGGGCCAAGGAGCUCACAGGACUUCUCACAGCCAAGUCAAGCACUUCUGAAGGUGGAGUCUCAGCCAGCCCUACUCCCUCAGUGGUCUCCAGCAGCACUGUGCCCAGUGCCUUGCACACACUCCAGAGCCGCUUGGUGGCCACCUCUCCUGGCAGCUCCCUCCCAGGGGCCACAUCAGCCAGUAGCCUCCUCCAAGGCCUCAGCUUCAGCUUGCAGGAUAUCAGCAGCAAGACCUCUGGCCUGCCAUCAAAUCCCUCCCCAGGACCAGUUCCACAGGCCACCAGUGUGAAGUUGCCCACCCCCAUGCAGAGCCUGGGUGCCAUCACCACGGGCACCAGCACCAUUGUCCGUACCAUUCCUGUGGCCACCACUCUCUCCUCCUUGGGUGCCACUCCUGGUGGGAAGCCCACAGCCAUCCACCAGCUGCUGACCAAUGGGGGCCUCGCUAAGUUGGCAAGCAGCCUCCCUGGCCUGGCACAGAUCUCUAACCAAGCAUCAGGCUUGAAGGUCCCUACCACCAUUACUCUGACACUUCGUGGCCAACCCAGCAGAAUCACCACACUGAGCCCCAUGGGCUCAGGAGCAGCCCCGACUGAGGAGCCCACCUCCCAGUUGCUGCCUUCCAGCUCACAGCGCCUGCCUCCAGCACCCUGAAGAUGUCAUGCGCUAUGUGCUCCAUACCAGGUGGAUGAUGGCUGCUUCAUGGUGGGCCCUGGGCAUAUACAUGAUCUUGCUGAGCUGUCCACGUGUCUGAAGACCUCUUUAAGACACAUCAUUUUUGCCUCUUUACCAACUUUCUUCAGGGUUGGGCCAUUGGGUUUUAGAGAAACCAUUAGGUUAGGUGACAUGGCACCAGCAAGGGAAGCACCAUCCUCGGGAUCUGCAAAUCUGGCUCCUGGGAUCCCCAGCCUCCUCAGCAGAGCUGACUGCUUCAAUCAGAGGCAUUUCUUUCCCUCCUGCUUAAGCUGUUGGUGUUGGACUGCCUGCUGCAUUUAAUGAAGGAGUUUCCUUUUGGAGGUCUGUGCUGUGCUUUCUGCCCAGUUGAUAGCAGACAUCCACAUGAUCUGGGGCUGUAGAAGUUGGAAUUGAGAGCCUUUUCCAAGGACUGGGGUCAUCCUGGUCUGCUGACUGGUCUGGUUCAGGGCAGAAGAACUUGUUUUGGGCAUCACUGUUGCCUUCACUGAGCAGCGAUGGGAGAGUCCUCCCCAUGUAGCUCCCCCUUAGAAACCACAUUGGAUACUGAAUAGCCUGCUGAGACCUGGGAAUUCCUAUUUUUUGUUUCAUAAUGAAGACAAAGAGAACUGGGCCGUCAUCUUGCAGCUCCUUUGGUUUACUCUAGGUGUGGGGAGCAGUGGUUGCCAGGAGGAGUAAGCUAGCCCCUCUCUCUUCUUUGCCAUGCUUUGGGUAGUUCUUGUGUCCCAAGGGCCUUCAGGUCCAGGAAGCCUGAAGAAGAGGAAUGGAACAGCAAAAGAAGUGGCUUGAAGGAUGUGCCCAAGAGAAGGAACUACUGGUGAUUCAGUUGGAGAUGAGAAGAAGAGUUUGCCAAGUCAGAGGGAAGAAACCCUCAAAGUCCUGUCUCCAGUGCCUGGAGGUGAAGUAUGGACAACAAGCUUAGGCAAUAGUAUCUUGGCUGUCCCAGGAAGCUUAGGGCAUCAGGACGACAAAGGCCAUGCUUCAGUGUUUUUAUUUCUGUUCCAUGUAACCUUUUGUCUUCCUGCCUAGAAGUAGGUAAAUUAUUGGCAGUGACUCUGUUAUUCAGAGCUUUGGUACCAGCCUGAGCCCUGCAGGUGGCAACUCCUGGAGACGUGGUCACUGAGGACGGAGCUCUGAGCCUCUCCUUACCUCUUCACAACACUUGAGUGCAAAAGUAGUUUGAUAGCUUUACAGGUAGGAUCAUAACACACCAAAAAAACAGAGGACAGUAAGACUGUAUGAGUUAUGUGAAGCUUUUAGGACAGAUAGAUAGAAGGCCCUAAACAACCCAUUCAUGGCUUAGGAAAACAGCCUAGACAGUGCUGAUAGGGCUGCUCCUGAAAAAUGCUGGCCCAGUGUGUGCUGGGGCCAAAGAAUAACUAGUAAGUUGAUCUGCCUUUGUGAUAAAUUUUAAUGUGCUUCCAGUGGAUGACUUCCUGAGGCUUGGUCUAUAGACCCUGAAGAACCCCAAAACUAGAGAUGGGCAACUGUGAGAACAUUGAUUGUUGUACACCUUGAUGGGACAGGCUAAUGGGAGAAGUGGUGAAGUCUCUAGAGUCAUGAUCCCCAAUUCCCUUCUCAAACCAUACUUCUUAAAAUGCGACAGGAAGCUUUACCUGUUUCAUAGCAGAACUGGAAUUCAUAACCUCAGAAGGUAAUAAUAUUGGUGGAAAAUAUAGAAGGAUCAAGAAGACCUUAAAUUCUCGGAUGACAGGUACUUGUUAGUUCCCUUUGGAAGAUGUCCUUGGGUUUUGAGAAGAGGGAGAAAGACCUUUUGUCUACUCUUGGUCUACCACCAGAACAGUCUUGGGCUAGAUAGGUUAUAGAACUGAGCUGCUGUGAUAGUUCUGUUCUUACAUUAGCAAAAAUGGUUAAAAAAUAAAAACAAUCUUUGUAUUGUUUGAGCUUAUUUUCAGUUGACUUCCCAUGAUUUCUGGUAACCAUUCACUGAAGUGGACACAGAAGAUAUAAUGAAAGUAUUUUAAUGCCAGUGCCAGGUGGUAUGAGGUGGCUACUGUAAUUCCCUUUUUACAGGUGAGGAAACUGGGGCAAAGAGAAGUCACAUAGCAGGAAGUGGCAGAAGCAGGAUGGGAACCCAGGCAAUGUGAUUUCAGUGUCUGUUAUUCUACUCUGCACUGUGCUGGGGUUCUGAGAUGGUGACUGGAAGUGGAGAUUAGCCCGGGAGGUGAGGAGAUAGUGACUUGGCCUACGUGUGACCCUUUUCGGUUUACUUACCACCAGGCCAAGAGUGAUUGAUGCUGUUAUGGUGGAACUCUUGGCUGGACAAGAGUCAGUAGGUGGAGUCCCUCACCCUUGCUCCUGAGAUCAGUAUCCCUUUGUUAUCUUAUACCUUCAGCCCCCACAAUAAAUUUUUUUAAAAAUUAUUUAUUUAAAAUAAAAGAUUAAUGAAUAAAUUCCAACAUCUAGAUUCUUUGUAAACUUGUAUCCUUCCGACCUUUAAAUUCCAGGUCCCUAUACUUGGCAUUGGAACCCUCUGGUGGAGGACAUAGUUCUAGUAGACUGUAGAGCAUCCAGUAUACCUGGGUACAUGUUAUUACCAUCCGUAGUAGAGACCUGGUGUGCUCUUUGCCCUUUCUGCUCAACUCUAGUCUCAUUGACUCCAACGAGUCAGAUAAAAGUGAGAUGAAGACUAGAUUAUUUAAAUGACAGCUGUCUUAAACUUCAGGAGUAUAGGGACAGGGCCAUAGCAAACUAUGAUGCCGUCAAGUCUUUGUUGCCUUUUAUUUUUGUCAAGUAUAUAUUUUAGUCAAGAUUGAUGACUGCAAGAGAUAGAAACCCAUUCACUACCAAAAUAGCUCUACAGGGAAUAUUCUCUAAAUUGGCAUUUUUAUAGCCAGGGAGCCUCACAGUUUUUGCUGCUUGCCUCAUGACCUCAACUAGCUUGGACUUGCUGGGAACCAGUUUUGAUCCUGUUGUCACAGGCCUUUUCAGCUGUGGAGCCCUGCAUGGAUGGCUGGUCUUUUGUUCAGUUCAAAUUCUGAAGACAGCCAGAUUGACUCAGUCCCACUUUUGGGUUGGUUCUUCUUAUCCAAUAAUAGUAUCCAGAGGAUGAAGUCAUAUGGUUCAUAUUAUUACCUUUCUAAGAAGUAGAGAGAUUUAAAAAAACAAACAAACCACUAUUGAGCUGUGUAGCUAUAUGGGUGAUUUUAACUUGCAAUGAUAGUAUAGAGAGGUCCUGUGUACCUUCAGUGUUUCCCCCAAUGCUUAUAUGUCAUAACUAUAGUGUAAAACCAAAACCAGAAAAUUGACAUUGUACAAUAUGUAUUUAUAGGUCUAUGUCAUUUUAUCUCUGUAACCAUAGUCCAGGCUUAGAACUGUUCAUCAGCACAAAGAGCUCCCUCACGGUCUCCCCUUACAGUCAUACCCAUUCCUUUUUCCCUUACUGUUCCCAACCCUAGCAACCCAUCUCCCUAAAUGGAAUGAUACAUACAUAAAAUCCUACAGUUCAUGACCUUUUCAAAUUGUCUUGUUUUCAUUCAGUAUAAUCUUCCUGAGAUCCAUCCAAGUUGUUGUGUGUGUCAAUAAUUAAUUUCUUUUAUUGCUGAGUAAUAUUCCAUGGUGUGGCUAUGCCAUAGGUGCAUGGUCUGUAUAAUAAGUAAUUUAUUUUAUUGCUGAGUAAUAUUCCUUGGUAUGGCUAUGCCAUAGGUGCAUGGUCUGUAUAACCCUUCAUCAAUUGAGGGACAUCGUAAUUGUUUGCAGUUUAGGGAUAUUGCAAAUAAAGCUGCUGUGAGCAAUUGUAUACAGGU